GGUUUCAUUGGUUUGUAGUUCUGUGAUGGUUGUCAAUUUAUGUUUAAUUUCAAACAGAGUCUAAAAACGUAGUGUUUAUAUUCUCUUAGCUGAGUUUCCGUCAAGAUUUAAUAUGACUGCGACGAAAAACAUAGCAGAUGUUGAUCUCUAUGCAGUUCUGGGUAUUCAGUUAACAGCAACUGAAUCUGAGAUAAAGAAAGCAUACAGAAAAAAAGCAUUACAAUGUCACCCUGAUAAGAAUCCAGACGAUCCAAAGGCUGCAGAAACAUUUCAUGAAUUAGCCCGAGCUUUAGAAAUAUUAACAGAUGUAUCAGCAAGGUUAGCAUAUGAUAAAGUGCUAAGAGCUAAAGAAGCAGCAAAACUUAGACAUCAAGAAUUAGAUAGUAAAAGACAAAAGUUGAAAGAAGACUUAGAACAACGAGAAAAACAGGCAUCUGCAGGGCAGGGAACAGUAAAUCUAACAGACGAACAAAAAUUAGCUGCAGAAAUUCAACGUUUGCAAAAGGAAGGAAGUAGACUGCUUCAAGAAGAACAACAAAAAGUGAAAGAUGAAAUUCAGAGAAGAAUGGGUAAAUUAUGUGAACCUGUUUGGGAUUCCAGUCUCAAUAGAAUCAAAAUCAAAUGGAAAGUAGAUAAAGACGAUCCUCAUAAUGGUGGUUAUGAUGAACAAUUGUUAAGAAAGUUUUUGAAAAAAUAUGGUGACAUUGUUGCUCUUAUAAUGUCUCCAAAGAAAAAAGGUAGUGCACUUGUAGAAUUUUCAACAAAAGAAGCAUCUGAAAUGGCUGUAGAACUAGAAAAAGGUUUGGCAGAUAACCCAAUCAAUAUGAAGUGGCUCAAUGAUAAGCCCGUGUUAACUACAAAAAGGGAUGGAGGGGGCCCAUCUUUGGUUUCAUACCGAGAUUAUGAAUCAUUAGUGUUAACAAAAAUGCGCCAAGCAGCAGAAAGGCAAAGGUUAAUAGAAGAAAUGUUAAAAGAAGACAAGGAUCAUUAACAUUAAAGAUGAUAUGAAAAUGUUUUUUUCUUUUAAUAAUUUAUUAAGUUAUUUAUAUAGAUAAUUUAGUAAAACAACUUCUUCCAGUUUUUUAUAAGUAGCUGCAGUAGCUGCUGUUUAUGAUAAAACAAUAGUGAAUAGAUUUUUAUUCAUAUACUUGGUAAACAAGAUCUUUUGGAUUUAUUUAAGAAAAACCAGAAGAAUAGUGAUAUUAUCAAUAGAGAAGAUAGAUAUAUAAGAUAUUGUAUAUUUUUAUUAUUUUUACCUUGCUUUCAUAAUCAGAAAAACUAGGAUGAAGUUUGCAUUAGUAAUUGUAGUGCCAAAACGAGACGAUUUAAAAUCGAUUU